AUCAGACCUAAGAAGAAUCCUCACUCGUAAAGUCGCAGGUAUGGCUUCGAAGAGCUCUCGAUCUAUUUUGUGGUUGGAAAUUAAUAGUCCGUGUAUUAAAGUUUCAAUUUUUAUGUCCUUGAAUUUGAUUUCUUCCAUAUCAGUGUCGAAACAUUAGGCAUCACCAGAGGGAAUAUUUAAGGUUUUUCUUUAAAAGCUGAAGACUUGAUUAGAAAUUAGUCCACUUUGAUUGAAAUGUUCAUGUUUGUUUCAGAUGCAUUGCAUUAGGAGCUCAAUCCUGCAACACUUGAGACUGAGAGUCUCUGUCAGACCCACUUCGCUUCUUCAGAACGAGAAUGGUUUCAAGAGUAUUGGUAUUUUUAAUUUCACAUCAGAAGCAGCUGCAGAUGGAGGCCAAGAUCAAAUAUUGAGCAGGGUUAUUGAACUGGUGAAGAAAUACGACAAAACCAACACCUCUGAGGUUACUGAAAGGGCUGAUUUUCAGAAAGAUUUGUCGUUGGACAGCUUGGACAAGACGGAGCUAGUUAUGGCUAUUGAAGAAGAGUUCUCGAUUGAGAUCCCUGAUGAGAAAGCUGAUAAGCUUACUUGUUGUGGUGAUGUUGCAACAUACAUACUCUCUGAAACUCCUACCAAAGCGUCUGAGUCCUGAGUUGUAUCUCUGCCUUUCUGUCUCUCUUGUUUUCAAUGUUUAGUUAAUGCAAGUUUAGAGACAUGCUCUGUGUCAGUGUGUCUUUGCUUCAGCCAAUAUGAUCAUUUGGGUUUUUGCUGCUAAACAUUUUAUAUGAUAUAUAUUCUAAUGUGAUCACACUACUUUUGUACCAAAAACAUGGGAGCCUUUAUAUACAUGAUGCUUACAGU